AAAAACCACUGUUUGGCAACUCCAUGACCUUGAAAUGCCAUACUCCAAGUAAAGAUUUGGGAACAGUCAGCUGGCUGAAGUGGCAGCUACUGGACAUGAGAAGAAUAUACAGGCUGCAUAUAAAAAGAUUACGAACUGCAGUCUAAAUAUGAAUUCCAAACUUGUCUGUGUCAGUGACUUUGAAAAAGAAGCACACAAACUUUUACCUCAGAAUGCACUUGAUUACUACCGUUCAGGAGCAACACAAGAAAUUACUCUUCAGGAAAAUAAGGAAGCUAUUAACAGAUGGUAUAUCAGGCCUCGAUUCCUUAGAGAUGUCUCAAACCGAAACCUCAAAACCAGCAUUCUGGGGCACAAGGUAAAUGUUCCUUUUGGUAUUGCCCCAACAGCAAUGCAGAAAAUGGCAGCUCCCGAAGGAGAAAAUGCCUCGGCUAAAGCUGCAGCAAGAAUUGGAACAGCAUUCACCCUUAGCACAAUUGCAACAAGCAGCAUCGAAGAAAUUGUAGCAAAUUCUCCAAAUACACUCCGUUUUUUCCAGUUGUACAUUUAUAAGGACAGAAAUGUGACAUCAAAUUUGGUGAAAAGAGCUGAGGCAGCAGGAUACACUGCAUUAGUGUUAACAGUUGAUGCCCCAGAAUUUGGAAUACGACGAGCAGAUGUGAGAAAUAAAUUUACACUUCCACCACAUCUUAGAAUGGCCAACUUCCAAACAGAUGAUGACAAAUCUAACUUAGUGAACAAAUCGGCUGGUGGAUCUGGUAUUAAUGAAUAUGUGAAAUCACUUUUUGAUCCAUCCUUAACUUGGAAUGAUGUAAAAUGGCUGAAAAGGAUAACCAAUCUACCCAUAGUUCUAAAAGGCAUUUUAACUGGAGAAGAUGCCAUUUUAGGCCAGAACGCUGGAGCAUCAGCUAUAUGGGUCUCAAAUCAUGGAGCACGGCAAGUGGACGGUGUGCCACCCUCAAUUGAAGCAUUACCAGAAGUUGUGAAAGCUUUAAAUGGACAGUGUGAGGUGUAUGUGGAUGGAGGAUUUUCACAGGGAACUGACAUCUUCAAAGCAUUGGCUCUUGGGGCAAAAAUGGUAUUCUUAGGACGACCUUUGUUGUGGGGUUUGGCAUGUGGUGGUGAAGAAGGGGCAUACAAAGUACUGGAAAUUUUACAAAAGGAACUUGAAUCUGCUAUGGCGCUCUCAGGCUGUGCUACAAUUGAUGACAUUUCACAAGACAUGGUCAUUCGCAAGGAGCAUUACUCUCGAUUAUAAAAGAAAUGACAUUAGGUCAAACACGAGAGAUAAUUUCUUAAAACAUAUGGAUGAAAAAGCAAACGAAAAACUAAUUACCAUAAAUUAAAGUUGUGUACAGUAUAUGAAAUGUAAUAAAAACUGACCCAAAGAGGAUAUAUGUCA